CCCCAGAUGGGAAAAUGUGAACCACUCAGGGGGCCCCAUGGCUCGCUUUACAAACUGUCUUCUGAAAAACAUCUUUAUCAGAAGUCAGUUUGACAGUGCCAAGAGGAGGCAGUGCCUUCAGUAUCUCAAAGCUCUGAGAUCGCUGCAACACAACGGAUACAAGACCGUGUAUUUUGGGGAAACUGAGAUCCUGGAAACUCUUGUCACUGGGGACGACUCUGGUGAUAGCUAUUACAACCACACACCAUCCUGGUGUAUUCUACACGCUGGAGGCAGUCAGGGAUGGGUGCCUUGGAAAUACCGCAUGUUCUUGAGGGAUGACCUGUGCAUCAAGCAGGGAGACAACCUGUUCUUUGAGUUCUGUGACAUCGUGAAGAAGGCCUAUGGAAAGUGUGUCAUUGUGGUCAAAGGGAGGAAGCAGCAAGAUGAGAUGAAGCCAAAGACAGACAAGGAAGGGGAAGCCCAGGCCUAUGUUCCAACCAGCAUUAAUUUAACAAGCAUUGCGUGCUCUCCGGGAGUGGCCAAGUCCUAUGGCCACGAACUAAUAUCUCUGCCUCCUCCCUAUAAUUAUCUGAACCCCUUAGACUCAGCCUGGUCUUCUGUGAAAUGGUUUAUCAUAAACAACCGGAAAGAGUUUUGUCUGCAGUCUGUUGACAACGUCUACACUUACCGAUACAUACUCUUCGGUGACUUGAUAAGCAAAGGGAUUGAAAAGGUUAACCUGACCAAGUGGAAGGCCAUAACCAACAAGGUGCGCAGGUGGGAGAACUAUUAUCUUGGGAAGUUUUCUUAAGGGCAUCUCUUCCACAAAGCACUGAGCUGUGUGGUUUUUGCUGCUAACUGUGGAGGCUGAUUCUGACUCACUGUCACCAGAGACACUCUAGGGGUGACCUCGAGGGAUCACUGCCUCAACUGGGAGGUUCCUGAGGGUUAUCAGCAAAGUCCUGGGGUUGACAGAGGCUCCAUUAAAGUCUGUUGAUAAGUACGGGGUCUCAACUCUCAUCUUGUGAUGGCUACCUCAAGGACCAUGUUUCUGGGAGGAUUGGGAAGACUCUAGUCCGGUGGAGAGUACUGCCAAGCAGGAUUAAAGGAUGUGUGGCCAAAACUUAGGUCUAAGAAGAAAAGAGAACAGAGUGUAUAGUUAUUAAAAAAAAUAAUAAACACCCUGAAUUAAAUACUAAGCUAAUAAACUUCAGACUAAAUAAUCCACAAGAUUAUUGUGGAUUACUGCCAUGAGCAAGAGACAUGUGCAUACAGUGGUCAAGUCGGUGCUAUUCCUAUGUGAGGUGGUGGCCAUAUGUUCAAGGCAAAAGGGUGGGCCACAGAAGAGAACCACAUGAAGAGAUAUCAAAGGUUCAAGGGGUCUUAAGUAAAGUGGGGGGGCUCUGUGGAACCCACAUAUCCAACCUGCAAGAAUCCAGGAGGGUCCAAGACUGCCAUGGUGUUUAUCUCAGGCCUCUGAGCUGAGCCUCCUGCAGUUGGUACAGUACCCUGCUCAAGCCCAGGGUGCCUGCUGUGGACACUUGCAUGUCUGUUACAGGAAAAGCCUGACCCCUGUAAAACCUACCAUAAAGCUCCUGCUUCCUUCUCUAUGUUCAAGUGAUAACUUCACAACAGAAGUAGUUACUCUGGGGUGCAUAAAAUAAUGACCUAUGUGGAAAAAUAUGGACAACCAUGAGGCCGGAGCAGAAAGGGCAUGAGAACUCUGUUUGGCUUUCAGUUUUGUUGGACCUGAAAAAAAAAUAGCUCUAAAGACAAGUCUAUUAAAGAACUAGCUUGUGAAGAUGUCCACCAGCUCCUGACGGAUUUAACUGUGGAUGAAGUUGUGAAGCCAGGCCGCUGGCAAAUGCAGAAUGCUUCAUAUUUCAAUCUUCUCCUCCUCUCUGGAACCUUCCUGUGUUAUUCAGCAAGAGGCUGUGGGAUGAUCAGAGGUCCUGAAGCCUCACAGACCUGACCAGCUCCAGACUCCUUCCAUAGCUGGAGCCACGAGCAAGCUCUCAUAAAAAAGCUGGUCCCUGUCACCAGGUCAGGAGAAAGCCUGACCCACCUUGACCAUCAGCUUAGUUCUGGCAGUAGAGUGGGCUUCCCGUAAGUUGUGACUGAACACCUAUCUCUGUACCCGGGAGCUUGGCACCGAUCCUGGCGCUGAGUAAAGCCCUGGAAUCCCAUCAUAAUGAAGCCAUGGUGAGAGACAGCACCAGGAAGGCUCGGCACACCGAAGUCCUGAGAAACCAGUUGUUGAACAUCUGUCUCCCUCCAAGGAACUUGAGCAUAGCCAGGGCUCUGUGGUCUCUGAAAUACAUCACGUGAAUCUCUGCCUCCU